CAUCACAGAGUAAAGCCCAUGGGUCACCCAGCCCCACCCAAGCUGGUGUCCCGCCCCUGAGACAUCCUUUCCAACCUCUCCAACCCACCUCACACCACCUUACCCCUCUGCUGGCAAGAGGAGACCUGAUUCAGCCUCCCGCUAAACACUCAUUCUAACCAACGAAUUAAGACAGAGCAGAAGACAAACUGACAGUUCAAGACCUCCUCACCGCAAAAGUGAAUAAGCAAUCCCUCUCAGCUGAAAAUGUUUACCUCACCCAGGAGAUGGAGCUCUCGAAGGUCUUCUCUGGCCAACGGACAUUCCUGUCUGUCAUCCUCACCAUGCUAUCACUCAGCCUCUCCACAACAUCCCUGCUCAGCAACUACUGGUUUGUGGGCACACAGAAGGUGCCCAAGCCCCUGUGCGGGAAAGGUCUGGCAACCAAGUGCUUUAACAUGCCACUGCCCUUGGAUGGGGACAUCACCAAUGCAACAACCCAGGAGGUGGUGCAAUACAGCUGGGAGACUGGGGAUGACCGCUUCUCCUUCCUUAACUUCCGGAGUGGCAUGUGGCUAUCCUGUGAGGAAACUGUGGAAGAACCAGCACUGCUCCAUCCCCUGCCCCGGAAACAAUUUAGAGCCCUUCGGUCCCGUGGUACAGCGGCAGCAAAAGGGGAGAAAUGCCGAAGCUUCCUUGAACUCACACCACCAGCCGAGAGAGGUGAGAAAGGACUACUGGAAUUUGCCACGUUGCAAGGCCUGCGUCACCCCACUCUCCGAUUUGGAGGGAAGCGGUUAAUGGAGAAGGCUUUCCUCUCCCACCCUCCCUUGGGGCUCCUGGCAAAAGUCCUAUGGUUAUCACUUGGAGCCCAGAUCGCCUACAUUGGACUUCAAUUCAUCAGCUUCCUCCUGCUGCUAACGGACUUGCUGCUCACUGGGAACCCUGGCUGUGGGCUCAAACUGAGCGCCUUUGCCGCUGUUUCCUCUGUGCUGUCUGGUCUCCUGGGGAUGGUGGCCCAUAUGAUGUAUUCACAAGUCUUCCAGGCAACUAGCAACUUGGGCCCAGAAGACUGGCGGCCACAUGUUUGGAACUACGGCUGGGCCUUCUACAUGGCCUGGGUUUCCUUCACCUGCUGCAUGGCAUCAGCUGUCACCACCUUCAAUACGUACACCAAGAUGGUACUGGAGUUCAAGAACAAGCACAGUAAGAGCUUCAGAGGAAACCCGAAUUGUCUACCACAUCACCACCAGUGUUUCCUUCAGCAACUAUCGUGUGCAGCCCCCCCAGCAGGUCCUUUGACCGGCUACCAGUACCACAGUCAGCCCGUCCACUCUGUCUCUGAAGGAGUCGACUUCUACUCAGAGCUACGGAACAAGGGAUUUCCACAAGGGACCAGCCAGGAGCCGAAAGAAGCGGUUAGGUCAUCUGUAGAGGAAGAGCAGUGUUAGGAGUUAAGUGGGUUUUGGAGAGCAGGCUUGAGCCCUACUUUACAUGUUUGUUUGUGAUCAACAUGUGCUUAAGCCAAA